UUAACUCAGAAAAACCAAUCUCUACUUCAAAGUAUAUUGCAGCUAUAUAAACAUAUGAUGAGCACAUGAAGUUUCACUUUUAUUUAACAAGCAAAUGUGUUGUAAAGCACCCCAAACAAAAAAAAAAAAAAUGGAGGAAGAGCUCCCAGUAGGGUUUCGUUUCUAUCCGACGGAAGUAGAGCUAAUUUUGUUCUACCUAAGAAUCCAGCUCGACGGAGGAAAGGCCACCAUUCACAGUCUCAUACCAAUCCUUGAUGUGUUUAGCGUUGAGCCUACUCAGCUUCCAAAUCUUGCGGGUGAGAGGUGUCGAGGAGACGCAGAACAAUGGCUUUUCUUCGUGCCAAGACAAGAGCGGGAAGCUAGAGGAGGAAGACCGAGCAGGACCACUGGUUCAGGAUACUGGAAAGCAACUGGUUCACCGGGCCCUGUGUUCUCGCCAGAUAAUCGAGUGAUCGGAGUCAAAAAGACGAUGGUUUUCUACACCGGUAAAGCUCCCACGGGGAGAAAGACAAAAUGGAAGAUGAAUGAGUAUAAAGCAGUUGACGGAACACUUACUGUAUCUACCAUUCCUAAGUUAAGGCACGAAUUCAGUAUCUGUCGAAUCUACAUAAAGUCCGGAAGCUCGAGAGCUUUUGACAGACGUCCCACAGAAGCUUAUGGGGUAGAGAGAAAGCUUCCUAGCUAUGGAGCUGAAACAUCGUCCCGAGCUAGAAUAUCAACAUCACCAGAAACUUCAUUUUCAGGAAGAGACCAAGUUGAUUUAUCGAUGAAUGGUACUACUACACCAAGCAACUUAGAAAUGGUUAAUGGAGUACCACAGCUCAGAGAGAGAAAACUUCCAAACAAUGGAGUUGAAAUAUCAUCAAGUGCCACAAUAUCAACCUCACUGGAAACUUCAUCUUCAGGAGAAGGAGACCAAGUUGAUUUGCCAAAGAAUGCUACUAUUACACAAAGCAAUUCAGAGAUGGUUGAUGGGCUAUCACAACCUUUUUGGGAAUGGGAGCAGCUAAAUUAGUCUUGAAAAAAGUAUAAGAAGCAAUUUUUUAAAAAAUUAUAAGAUUUUUUUUGGUCUUGAAUAAUUGGUUGAAAAAAGUAUAUGGAGAUUUUUCUUUUGCUAUAAUGAAUACUAGAUUUUGGAUCCGUGCCAUGCGCGAAUUUGUUUUUAACAAAUUUUUUUUUCUGGGCUUGUUAAAUAUUUUGGUCAAUAAAUUAUAAUUACACUGUGGCCCAAACAUAUUUAGCAUUGGUAUUGUCUGCGCGGAUCCAAUAUUUGCUAUUACAUAUAUGUGUUAGGUCACAUUUUAUAUCUGAUCAAAUCUUUUGUUAUUUAGAAAUGGGCCAAAGGAAAAUUAGUCGGCCCAAAUGAAAUAUGUUUCAUUGAGUCGAACAGACAAAAACUCACUGUCCGAAAUUAGGAUCUCACCAGUCGAGACUCGAGAGCAAUCCUAAAAAUGGAUCGAAAAUAAAUCAAACUCAUUCUCAUUUCCUUAUCUGAAAUCAUGAAUCCUACAUCAAUAAUUCCGUGUUAUCUUCAGAUUUCACCACAGCUUUAGAAUUUCCUUUAAGAUUUGAGAAAGUGAUGAGGUUGGAUUGCAGCGAGUCACCGAUUUGGGGAAAUGACUACAAAAUCUGUUUUGCCAAUUUCCUGGAAUUAUGCAGCAAAGAGAAAAGGAAACAGAUGUUUGAAGAAACACAGGAGGAGAUAUUCAAACAUGACAUUUUCCAGAUAAGUGUCCAUUCCCUAUUGUUUCGAUAUAUAAUAAAUCCAUUACAUAAUUUACUCCAGUAUCUGAUUUAUACUAACAUGUAAUGUUUUUUGCAGAAGAUUCCGAAGAAAGAAGAUAUUGAAACAAAGUAACAGACUCCAAAAUGAUAGGAUUAUAUCAUCUAAUAAUAUCAUCGAAAAGGUUGAAAAUGAUAUCAGCAGAAUAAAGACGAAGCCACGGAUCAGCUUCUUCAAAUAACCAUUAAGUCUUCUGUUGCAGGUUAGACCAGUAUUCUUUCUUCUUAACCAUUUUAUCAUCAUUUGGAGUCUCAACAAUGGUGAGAGCAAGACCAUCAUCUGGCAACCUGACAUUUCAUUAACCACAAAACAUACUUAAGGUAAAAGAGGAUUCAUCAUGAGCUUGGAUGUCUCGAAUGCAUUUGUAAUCUGAAGUUUGCCUAUAAAGUGGACCAUACAGGAGAAUGAAAUUCCGCAAUUCUCUAUCGAAACCCUAGCGAGAUGCAGAUGUCAAAGAGAAGCUCUCAAUAACUUUCUAUUCUCCUACUGGAACCAACCGUUCAACAUGGCUCACAUAUGUCUUCUUACACGAUGCAUGUAUCAAAGUAUUCUACAAAAGCUCCAACGUUUGACCUGACUGGACCAUGUACUGCUUCCAUAAGUGGAGGACUUUCACUCGGAUUCGCCAGGAUGACUUGAAUGGUUUGACAUCGGCAAGGGAAUUGAAAUUAUUCUCCACAACGACACAUUAGAUGGUCACACAAUUUCGGUUUAGGUAAAUCCGGUUACUCUGUGAAUCCGGCUAAUCAAAGUGUAUGCCAUAUAUUAUUUUUUCAUGAUGUAAUUGACUGAAUGUAUUGUAUGUUUUCUAAUAUUGUGUCGAAAUCAUAUUUAGUUGGUUAGUCAUAGUAUUUGUCAAGUCGAAAAUGCC